AUGGUUCAGUCUAUUGAGGAACACAAGCCACCUACGAUCUCCACCAAGAAAAAGCCUCCCACCUAUGCUCCAGGAAGCCGAGAAGAGGGCUGGCAGCUCCAGAUUGUCGCCAUAGGCCGAGUGACGUGUCCCAAAUGUAGAAGUGUGAGCCGGAAGACUGUGAAGGGCUUGAAGAAGCACAUUGAGAACUGCAAACUGCAACCUUUCACGUGCCCGCACUGCGGGAAGAAGCUGAUGUCCUCCACGGGGAUGAAGUAUCACAUCAUGGCUGACCACAGCUUCCUGCCAUCAGCAGAUGACAUUAAGGACCUGGAUGACCGCACUAUUAAAGACAAGCUGCGUAAAAUCCUGAAGAAGUUGGGCAAGUUGAGGUGCUCCAAAGAGGGCUGCAGGGCGGCUUUCACCAGCAUUAUGGGAUAUAUGUACCACAUGAAGAAGUGCGGCAAGCAGGAGGCGGAGCUGGAGAUGCUGCUGCUCAGUUGCUCCCACUGUGGGAAAACUUACAAGUCCAAAUCGGACCUGGAGUACCACCUCAAGUCUGAGCACGCCCCAGUGAGUAACAACGAGGAAGACGAGGUGCUGAUGGUCCGAAAGGAAGCAGACCCGGAGAGGAUGCCCAGCGGCAGAUCACAGCGGGCUUCUGCACUGGUGGCCAACUUUCACCUGGCGGAGAUCGCCAGCAAUGAGCCGCACAAAGAUUGGCCCAAGAGGAAAUUUCAGUCAGACUUGGUGCCUGACGACAAAAAGUUAAAAUACUUUCGACCCAGCCUGCCCGCGUUUAGCCAGGAAGUGCUGAAGAAGUGGAAGGACGAGUUGAAGCUGCACAGGAUGGUCCAAUGUCCCAACCAGGGCUGUGGCUGCACCUACACCAGCGUGUCAGGACUAAAGGCUCAUCUGGGACUGUGCCCAAUGGGUGACGUUGACGCGGGCAAGUACAAAUGUCUGAUCUGCAGCAAAGAGUUUAAAUCAGAGAGCGGGGUGAAAUACCACAUCAACUCCACGCAUUCACAGGAAUGGUUUGUGACAAACAAAAAAGCUUCAAAGAAGUUUGAGAAGUUCCUUAAAAGACAAUCCACAGAGUCUUUCCAAAACACAGAGCAGCAAAUAACGAAUGCAUGCCACCAUCACUAUGACCGUCACCUACGUUCUCAUCAUCAUCAUCAGUUCCAUUAGAGGCAGACCUUCCGCAAAGAUUACCACCGUGUCCUUCCACUGGCCGAAACCCACUCUGAGAAGCUUGUGCUGCAUUACGCCCCUGUGAAACCUCCGCCCGGACCCUCAUGGGUGGACAUGGUCAGGAUGGGAGAGCAGGCCCCCAAUGAGAUGGAGGACGAUGCAUAGAGAGGAGGGGAGAGAAUGAAGGAAGACGGGAGGCAGGGACUGACUUAAAAAGUCCGACAUGGUUAUUCUGCUCUUGCUUUUUGCUGGUUAGCUUAGCAGAUAGCUAACAUGAUAUAAUCCUUGAUGAAAAAAGAGUCCCGAGCGUUUGUUGUGUAGUUCAGGCCUUUUUAGUGAAGGAUCAAUCGUAUAUUUUGUAUAACUGUGAACAAAAACACAAACAAACAUUUUACAUUUAGCAUAUGUCUAUAUACAACAUACAUGUGUAUAUAGCUACCCAACCAUCCAUCCAUUUUCUACAGCUUAUUCCCUCAGCUGCAAUCGGGUGGAACACCCUGGACAAGUCGCCACCUCACCGCAGGGCCAACACAGAUAGACAGACAACAUUCACACCCUAGGGCCAAUUUAGCAGAGGUGGGUAGAGUAGCCAGAAAUUGUACUCAAGUAAGAGUACUGUUACUUUCGAGAUUUAUUACUCAAGUAAAAGUAAGGAGUAGUCACCCAAAUAUUUACUUGAGUAAAAGUAAAAAGUAUGUUGUGAAAAAACUACUCAAGUACUGAGUAACUGAUGAGUAACCUGAUUACGGCAAAAAAUAAUGCACAAAAAUAUAAAAAUAGCAAUGAGCAAAUUCAGAGCCAGGAAUAUUUCUUAAGCAACUAAAACAAUAAUAUAUAUUAAAUAAUAGUACAUUAAUAUAAAAUUUUAAAAAAUGGCACAUUGAGCCACAAUAACUUAACAGCACCAUAGCCUCAGUAGGCAUUCAUUGAUUUGAUUGAUUGAUUGAUUGAUUAAAACUUGUAUUAGUAGAUUGCACAGUACAGUACAUAUUCCGUACAAUUGACCACUAAAUGGUAACACCCCAAUAAGUUUUUCAACGUUUAUCAAUUACUUAGUAAAUGACCAAGUCGAGGUGAUCUACCUCAUAUAUACAUAUACAUACACACACAC